AAUAAUUGUAUGUCGAUGUCAAUGCCAGUGAUGAGACGGCCGUUCCGCUAAUGCACCGAAGGUUAAUUGAAAUAAAUUCGUUAAAUUGCCAUUCUCUUAAAGGUGUCUGCUGCAACUUUUACAUAUGCUCAAUAUGUGGAAGAGAUGCACAUGCUAACAUAUGCUAACAUACGAGGUUACUAUCCCAAACGAGACGCACAUGGUGACGUAUACUAGUAUGUAAAUUCCUUGGAUAUAAUUAUCAUCUCCUUCGACAGCAUCGAUUUCAUUACAAAAGAUAAUUUGCUUCAGACAAAAGAUUUGGAGUUAAUUGAUUUUGACAUUUUUUGUCUGAAAUUAUUACUAAUGGAUGCAACUUGAUUUCUUUUGUUCAGAACAACAGGAAUAAGACUUACCUGUACACGUGCUUUGUGAAUCGCAGGAUACACAUCAGAUAUACUGGUGCUAAUGAGCAUAUAAGGCACGGAAUAUAGGCAACAUACGCACCAGUAUCUGAAUGAUCCUGUCUUUGUCUCAAGCCAAAAUCUGUUGCGCAGCUACGAACAGUAUGAUGUGCGAACUCAAUGGUACUCACGUUUCCCAUUCGAUGGAGUCACCCGCAAUUUGUGGCAACGUGGACGUUCGUGAGCUCAUCAACAUAGAUAAUGUGAUCUUCCAAAGUCACUUGAGAGUAAUGUUUCCUAUAGAACUUACCAUGGCAAUUAUCGGCUUCAUAGAAAAUGUCAUCUCCCUGGCUGCUCUCCUUUGUAUUCAACGCCCAUGGAAACCAUUUCAUUAUAUUCUUAUUAACAUAGCAUUGGCCGAUUUGAUAUACAUGGGGUUAACUAUAGCUAAUUGUGUACUCAUAGUGCGCAUGCAGGUGUAUGAAAAACCCAUCAAACAAAUAGGAAACUUCGACUGCAGUGAUGACAUACUAGAAGAUAUGUGUCGCCACUUUACAUUGGUACCGUUGUACUGCACCACGGGGGCGGUGAUAAGCCUGUACCUGGCUGUCACACAGCCACUGAAGUACAGGUCCCUGCUGACCAAACAUCGCAUCACCAUAGUGAUGUCUCUGUGUUACGCUGCGACUAUUGGGGUUUAUAUCAGCCUGCACGCGCGGUACACGCAGUUCAAGGUUUACUGGUACAUACACGACUGCUGGACUUACCUGUACGAUCACUACCUUCAGGCUUCCAGUCUGUACCUCGGUGUGUCGUGCUUGGUUUUGUUCGCGGCAAACAUCUUACUAUGGUGCCUUAUAGUUAGAAAAGCUCGCUCCCCUGAGGCGACACACUCAUCUGGAAGAAUACAGACAGGUAACGGCCAAAGGAAAAAGAAAUUAUUUGCAACUGUUUCCGUGCUACUUGCCACAAAUGUGAUUUUCUGGACGCCCGCGGUGUGCACUUUCUUUUUCAUAUAUUACAUGGCUUUGGAAAGGAACGACCCAGUGAGCGUGGACAUCGUCAUAGCGCAGUCCGUGACCAGUUUCGUUUCCGAAUGUAACAGCCUAGUGAAUCCGAUAAUCUACGGAAUCCGGUUACCGGAUGUGCGGCUUGGGUAUCGCAGACUUGCUCUGAAACUUUUGGGCGAUGAGCAAGCCCUGAAGAGACUCGAUGAGGUGUCCCACGUUACUAAUCGGGGCUUACCUCUGAAUAACUUACAGACAUAA